AUGACUACCAGCAACAGUAAUAAUAUUUUAAGCCUUAAUUGCAUUAUUCCUGGUGAUGAAUUCGAAGAUAUUUUCACGUUAGAGAUAUCUGAAGAUAAGCUGGUCAACCAGCUCAAACCAAUGAUCAGAAAGUGGUGGCCAAACCGAUUCCAACAUAUCGAUCCAAGUAAACUUAUUCUCUACAAAGUANUUAUCACUUUCGAAGCCAGACCCAAUCCAGAAUUAAUUAUCAAAUCCGUCUUAGAGCACUUCCCAUACUUGAAAUUCGGAAAUAGUUUUAGAGGGAUUGAUAAUUAUAAUUUUACAUCACCUCAGCCGUGGAGCUCACCAUGCCCUAUUUGUGAUGGAAAACAUGGGAAUUAUGGAUUACAUGGCUCAUGGUACUGCGAAAAUGGGAAUCGGCUCCCUUAUGAUCCUGAAUUGGCGAAGUUCUAUUCUCAAGAUAAGUUGGAAUAUUGUCUUACCUGCAACACUUCAAGCAAUAAACUCAAGUUCGCAAUAAUAGCAUAA